GGCAUGCAUCGGAAGACAGGAUGACUCCAGCCAGACGGAAGCCCCCUCGCCUUCGGCUAUUCCAUUCGCACUCCAGCUCUCCCUCUCCCGUCUCUUAUCUGAGACACACGACGCCAACCCCUCUUCCUCCCUAUUCGCCAUCUUUCUUUAGCAAAUCCCAGGAGCAGGCCGAACCUGCCGGACCUAUCCGCCGCCCCUCGUUCGCGAGCCCUAGCUUCCGGUCUCCUCUGGCAAGCAGGGUAAGGUCCCCUUUGGCCAUCAAUCAGAUGUCUUUGUGGCUCCAGAAUUUGCUUAAGCAGAAGAAAUUCUGGCAUUUGCUGCUCCAAUCUAUCUAAAUUAUUCAAGGGACAUACACAUACAUUUUGGAGCUUAGUACUUAUGAAUAGGGCUUCUCUCUUAAUCUUCAUCUAGAAAUCCUAUAGCAAAGGGACAUACCCUUUUUUAACUUGCUUCCUUUUCAAAACAUUACAUGAGGUCCUGGUUGGGUACCCAUUAGGUAUACACGCUUUGGGUGGGUGGGCGAAGCCCGCCUAUGCCCACCUAUUGUUACUUUUGGGAUGCCGUACAUACCCAUAUCCAUCCACUUUUCAUGCUUUUUGAACGCAGUCCGCCACGGAUUGAUGGCCUUGACUUGUUACCCUUUGCUUUGAUUGCAAACUUUCAAGCCUCAUUUCAGAAUUUAUCGUUGUCGCAGCGUAGUUCAGUGUUGCGCACUGCGUAGUGAGGAUUGCGGAAAUAUACGUCAUAUGGUGAUUAGCAAUGUACGUAA